CACAGUCUAAGCAUUAUGCAAUUGUUCAGCGACAUCUUCUGCCAUGGACCGCUCCUGGCAGCCGUGCAAAAUGCGAAGCUUUUUCCGGAUUCGAAAUACUUCGUCGACAUGGCCCUCAGAUACGACCCAGUGAAUCUCCUAGGCGUGACGAUGCAGGCGUUUCGACAGCUUAGUGAUCCGACAAAUGUACAGCAACUGAAGACCUUCGUAGAUGAGUACUUUCUGCCGCCCGGUUCAGAGCUGGCACAUUGCUACCCUUCUGACUGGAAGCCGUAUCCCGCGUCGCUGGAAACCAUUAAAGACCCUAACUAUCGACUGUGGGCUUUCGAUGUCAACAGCAAAUGGACGAAGCUGUGCCGACGGGUGAAGGAUAUGGUAAGAAAAAACCCACAACUGUAUUCGCUGAUUUCGGUUCCGCACAGCUUCAUCAUUCCAGGAGGUCGUUUCAAAGAGUACUAUUACUGGGAUUCAUACUGGAUCAUAAAAGGACUGUUGGCCUCAGAAAUGAUCGGUUCUGCGAAGAACAUGAUUCGAAACCUGGCCGAUAUGAUCCGACGAUUUGGAUUCGUACCUAACGGGGGUCGAAUUUAUUACCUGAACCGUUCACAGCCUCCAGUGCUGACCAUGGCACUGUACGACUACUUUCUGCAGACAGGGGACUUGAACCUGGUCAAGGAGAUUCUACCUCUUCUUGACCAAGAGAUGGCAUUCUGGAAGCGAAAUCGCACUGUCCAAUACCGAACGGAUGACAACGAGGUUCUGGACUUGUUUCAGUACCGGGUCCACGUCACUUAUCCGCGACCCGAGUCCUACAGAGAGGAUGAAAUUACUGCCUCUAUUCUUCAUAGCAAGAAGGCGAAAGAGCAGCUGUGGUCGAAUAUCGCGUCAGCCUGUGAGUCCGGAUGGGACUUCAGCUCGCGUUGGAUCGACAUGAACUUCGGCCCGGUCGAUAUGCACAACAUGAGGACAACGGAGGUAGUGCCGGCGGACCUGAACGCCAUCAUCUGCGGCAACAACCAUAAGCUCGGCUUCUUGCAUAAGGUGGUCGGCGAGGAGGCGGCCGCGCGACAGUACGAGCGUGAGUUCGAAGCGUUCAAAUCCAAGUUCUACAAGGCGUUCUGGGACCCAUUGGACGGCACGUGGUACGACCUGAACCUCGAACGGCGUCGGCGAAUCGGCCUGUUUUACGCGUCCAACAUCGUGCCGCUGUUCACCGAGUGCACCCACGACCAGACGAACCUGACCGAGGUCAUAGUCGAGUACCUGCGCCGCACGCGGGCCACCGAUGUCCCUCACGGCUUUCCGACCAGCUUUAUCCCGUCCAUGCAGCAGUGGGACGAUCCCAACGGUUGGGCACCGCUGAACCACAUGGCCGUAAUUGGUCUGAGCCACAGUAAGAGCCGCGAGGCACAACAGGUCGCGUUCGAGAUCGCGAAAAAGUGGCUAGAGACUAACUACAUGGUGUGGAUCAGCCGACGCGGAGACAUGUUCGAAAAGUACAACGUCGAAACCCUUGGCUAUGGGGUUGGCAUCGGAGGCGAGUACGUAGUGCAAACCGGCUUCGGUUGGACGAACGGCGUCGUGCUCGACCUGCUACUCAAAUAUUCGGACGUCUUAAUGGCUCCAGACAGACCAACGUACAACUGA